AGUUCGGAUAAGACAGUUUUUCUUAAAUUAACGUAAAUCGCUCGUGGUGGGGAUUUUAAACGAUUUUGGUAGCGGUGCACCAUAAUUUUGCGAAGGUUCACUAUUGAUUGGGAUCUGAACCAAUUCAACCAACUAUUGGUGACCGAUACGUACCUUUAGUGACUGAAACCUGUGAAAGUGACUUUUAGUUAUGUUUGUGUGUAUUAGGUGAUAAUUGUUUAAAAUAUAGUACUCUUUCCUGCUGCCUUCAAUAACGAUAUCCAGUCAAAAUGAAUAAAACGGAAAUGGCCAGUUUGGUACGCCUAGCGUUAGAUAGCUACGUAGGAAUAGUCGAUAGAAUUAGUGACCCCCGCACAACAGAUUGGCCCUUAAUGCACAGUCCAGUACCAACACUUUUAAUGGUGGUGACAUACUUGUACGCAGUCAUAAUACUAGGGCCAAGAAUCAUGAGGGAUCGGAAACCUUUUAAAUUAAGAGAAAUUUUAAUAGUUUACAACGGAUUUCAAGUAUUAUUUAGUAUAUUCAUGUUAUACGAGCAUUUGAUGAGCGGGUGGUUUUUCGACUACAGUUACAAAUGCGAGCCUGUCGAUUACUCCUACGGGCAAAAGGCGAUAAGAAUGGCCAAUUUGUGCUGGUGGUACUACAUUUCGAAGUUGACAGAAUUUGCGGAUACCAUUUUCUUUGUAAUGCGAAAGAAGGAGAGCCAAGUCACACUCUUACAUGUAUAUCAUCACAGCUUGACGCCUUUAGAAACUUGGAUUUUAGUUAAAUUUAUAGCAGGUGGUCACGGAACCUUCUCUAACUUAAUCAACAAUUUGGUACACGUCGUCAUGUACUUUUAUUACAUGGUAUCGGCAAUGGGCCCCGAGUACCAGAAGUACCUGUGGUGGAAAAAGCACCUCACCAGCUUACAACUGGUACAAUUCACGAUGGUAUUUGUGCAUUCGGCGCAAUUAUUCUGGGUCGAUUGCGGGUACCCAACAAUAAUUGGCGUUUUACUUCUGCUACACUCGACCAUGUUCAUUCUGCUAUUUUCAAAUUUCUACUACCAAACGUACCUCGCGUCCCAACAAAGAAGAAUCAAACGGGAAUAAUUUAUUUAUUUAAAAUCGUAUUUUAUUGUAAAGACUAUUUUAUAACCUAGUCAUAAUCCAUAAAUGUUUACAUUAAUAAGUAGGAUAAGAACAAUUGAAUUGUUCUAUGAAAUAAGUGUCUUGCUCAAUGUAGUCGUUUUUUAUACUGUUGUGAAUAUAAUUAAUUUAUAAACUUUUUGUACAUGAGUUAAUAUUUAAGCCACUCAAAUCAGGUGGUUCUAGUUGAUAUUUAGCAUUUUAUUGAAAUAAAAUACUCGCACUCCG